AUGAUUCGGCCUCGAUUGCUUGCGAUAUCCAUUUCACCUUUUUUGCGUAGAUCCCACCAACUGAGCAUGGAAGCAGUCAUCUCGCAACCAGCACCAGAUAAACUACAAGUCUUACCACACACUCAAUAUGUUACACCAGACCACCUCACCCCGGAAAACGCGCCAGCAUCUCCUCUUGACCAAUUCAAAACUUGGUUUAAGGAAGCAGUGGAGGGUGGCGUCGUCGCUGAGCCAGAGGCAAUGUCUCUUUCGACCGCAACACCCAAUGGAAUACCAUCAGCCCGCAUCGUGCUCUUCAAACAACUAGAUUCCCAUGGCUUCGUAUUUUACACCAACUACACCUCUCGCAAAUCUCGGGAACUUCUAUCUAACCCAAAUGCGGCAUUGGUAUUCUACUGGAGGGAGGUUCACAGGUCUGUCAGAAUCCUUGGGAGGGUAGAGAAGCUGACACCGGAGGAGAACGAUCAAUACUUCCAAAGCCGACCUCUGGGAAGUCAAGUGGGAGCUUGGGCGAGCAAGCAGAGUAAGGUUAUAGGUGAAGGAGAUAUAGCCGCCCGGUUUAAAAAGGUGGAGGAACGGUUUGGCGUGCAUGAAGAAGGGGAAUUAUUGGAGGGCCGCAUCCCGACUCCUGAUUUCUGGGGUGGGUGGCGAGUCGUUCCAAAUGAAGUAGAGUUUUGGUGCGGAAAGCCUUCUCGUCUGCACGAUCGUAUUCGUUACCUUCGCGUCAACGGCGCCUCGGAAGAUACCCCACAAUGGAAAAUAGAGAGGUUAUCACCAUAAUCUGUGGCCAGACAUUGGAACUUAGAGUCAAAUACUUGUGUGGGGGCCAGACUGGAUAUAAGAUUACAUUGAUACUUCGCCUUGCCUUGUUGUUGCUUCCAAAUGCCCUCAAGCAAAUCUUAAUGCAGCCAAAUAUUCUGGUUC